UUUAAGUUAUGGAUUUUGAGGAGUUUGCUUGUGGAAGACAAAUGAACGAGACAAUCAACUGGUGGGGACUUGCUCUUCUUCCAGCAACAGUAUACCUAAGUCUUCAUGGACCUUGUUGUUCCGUAAGUCCCAAAACACACAUCCAAAACUGGUAGUACUGUGGCUGAUCUGCUUCUCGGUUUCCUUGGCUCAGUGGCCUCAGGUAGCCAGGCGUAGCUCGUAAUUUGAGUAAGGGUCAGGCUCCUGCGCUCCUGGCAGCGUGCUGGUGGUACAGCAACCACAUGCUUAACUCAGAUGGAGUUCAGUCCUGUUGACUAUGGCUCAGCCGGUGUCAUUCUGACCUUCCUGGUCCAAAACCUCUUUCAGUUCUGUGCCCUCAGUUUUGUUCCCUCACAUGUGUCUUUGAGGGUGGCCCAAUCUUUACAAAAUUCAGAAAGAGGUUUUUGAAAACAUCUUUUCUUUCUGAUACCGGCUAUUUGGAGGGGAAAGGAUGAAGUCCUGGCUGUCUGAGACCUCCUCUUUCUCUUGGCAAUCUCUUCUCUCGUACAGUUUGAAAGCACUUCUGACUGUCAGAUCUGAGAGAGCAUUAGCUCAACCUAGGAAACCAUACUGAAGUAGAGAGUUGAGACAUAAGUUGAACAAAGUGACUACCAGUAUGGUCCCAUCUGGUAGGUGAUGUGAUGUGAAAAGGCAGGUGAAGGGGGUGACCAGUUUUCAAUGUGGAGGUAGUGCUGCCAGUGUGCUGAUGUCAGGGACCAGCCCUGUGGAAACAUAUUAGUCUGGUGUGUGAGUAAACUAACCUGAAUCUUCUCUGGAGGCUCUAAAACCUAUGAAAAGCUGGCUGUUUGUUUCCUCCCCUCUAGUGCUGGUUUGGAAAUGCUGAGCCUACUGUGGGACAGCAGGGCACCUGUGGAUGGUGGUAGCUUGUGCUCAAAGACCACUGUAGUUGGAGUUACUGUGUGUGUAUUUGUAAAUCUCUGCACUCAUUGAGUUAGAGAUUGGUACUUGACACUUCUUGCUCACUGCAGUGAAAGUGGAAUUGACUGUGGGCAGCAGAGUUGUGAGGUCUGAAGUGUAAUCACUUCACCCACAUGUGCUAUCACCAGAAACUGGAACGUGAAGCUCGAAUCUGCCGACUUCUAAAGCAUCCAAAUAUUGUGCGGCUCCAUGACAGUAUUUCAGAAGAAGGUUUCCAUUACCUCGUCUUUGAUCUAGUUACAGGUGGGGAGCUCUUUGAGGAUAUUGUUGCCAGAGAAUACUACAGUGAAGCAGAUGCCAGCCACUGUAUUCAUCAGAUACUGGAGAGUGUGAAUCACAUUCACCAGCAUGAUAUCGUGCACAGGGACUUGAAGCCUGAGAAUUUACUACUGGCAAGUAAAUGUAAGGGUGCUGCUGUCAAACUGGCUGACUUCGGACUGGCUAUAGAAGUCCAGGGAGAGCAGCAGGCCUGGUUUGGGUUUGCUGGCACUCCAGGCUACCUCUCCCCCGAAGUCUUAAGAAAAGAUCCUUAUGGAAAACCAGUGGAUAUAUGGGCAUGUGGAGUGAUUCUGUACAUAUUACUAGUGGGGUACCCUCCCUUUUGGGAUGAAGAUCAGCACAAACUCUAUCAGCAGAUCAAAGCCGGAGCCUAUGACUUCCCAUCACCCGAGUGGGACACUGUGACUCCCGAAGCAAAGAAUUUGAUCAACCAGAUGCUGACGAUAAACCCUGCAAAGCGCAUCACAGCUGACCAGGCUCUCAAACAUCCAUGGGUCUGCCAACGAUCCACUGUCGCUUCGAUGAUGCACAGGCAGGAGACUGUGGAAUGCUUGAGAAAGUUCAAUGCUAGAAGGAAGCUAAAGGGUGCAAUCCUCACAACGAUGCUUGUGUCUCGGAAUUUUUCAGCUGCCAAAAGCCUGCUGAACAAGAAGUCAGAUGGAGUGAAGAAAAGGAAGUCGAGCUCCAGUGUGCAUUUGAUGCCACAGAGCAACAACAAAACCAGUAUAGUAAGCACUGCAAAAGAAACACCCCCAGUGCAGACGUCCAUGGAGCCUCAAACAACUGUUGUCCAUAAUGCUACAGAUGGCAUAAAGGGUUCCACAGAGAGCUGUAACACCACGACUGAAGAUGAGGAUCUGAAAGCUCCCCCUCUCUCCACCGGGGACGGCAGCUCAGUGCUUGAAGGACGGAGGCACAGUGAGAGCAAAACACAGACUGAGUCCAUGCAGUCCCAGCUUUCUCUCUGUUUCUCAGCCACUACACAGUCUUGUGAAGAGAAGCUUCAUGCCUGGGACAGCCCAGGGCAGACAUUGGAGUUAGAGCGUGCUCGGUCGGAGCCUUUGCUAACUCCAGUAGUUCCCUUUGUACUUAACCGUGCACCGUUGCGUAAGCAAGAGAUCAUUAAGAUAACAGAGCAGCUGAUAGAAGCCAUCAACAAUGGAGAUUUUGAGGCUUAUACAAAAAUCUGUGAUCCUGGCUUGACCUCAUUUGAACCUGAAGCACUGGGGAACCUGGUUGAAGGAAUGGAUUUCCAUAAGUUUUACUUUGAGAACUUACUGUCGAAGAACAGCAAACCAAUACACACCACCAUCCUGAACCCCCAUGUCCAUGUCAUUGGUGAAGAUGCUGCCUGCAUCGCGUAUAUCCGCCUGACACAGUACAUCGAUGGCCAAGGCCGGCCCCGCACCACGCAGUCUGAAGAGACCCGUGUCUGGCACCGCCGAGAUGGCAAGUGGCUGAAUGUCCACUACCACUGCUCUGGAGCUCCUGCAGCACCUCUCCAGUGAGGAUCAAAUACGGCUACUUGUGGAGAUACUCAGCUGGAGGGCAAUAUCUUCUUAGCAAGCAGCUCUGGAGUGCCUGAGUGACAGCAACGGUCAUGUCUGUUUUGACGUUAAAAAAAUAAAUACAAAUUACAAACAGGCAGCAGCCAAAUGCACGAAACCCUGCAUGCAUCUGAUGCUCCGGGCGCUGCCUUUCUGUUGUUUUCCAUGGAUCCAUCGUGUCUGUUUCUGCUGUACGAAGGUGUUUUUAAAUCUAAAAAAGAAAAAAAAAAAAAAAAAGAAAAAAAAAAGACAUGUUGUUUGUAUAAAAUAAUAAAGAACAGGAAUAAUGCUAAAUAAAUGACAGAUUAUCCAACGUGCCCCCUCCCCCAGGGCUAAGGAAAUGGCAGCAGCUGGAACAUCUUUCAGAAAUUAAGUGAGGGGGAAAGCAAAAGUGAAUGAGAGAGAAAGAGAGAGGGAGAGCGAAAAAGGAGGCGGCUUGAGCAGCGGAUGGCUGAACGAUGCUCCGCAAUGCCAUGGUGGAAGGUAACAUCACAUUCAGGCUGUGCUGCUACUUCAGUCGGUGAGAGGUGGCGAGGAGGAGACCCCAGAGGAGCCAGUGUGAAGACUGGGGUUCGAGAGAGAGGAGGCGCUUCUCUUCCCGUUGCCCAGCAGACUGACUUCAGCCUGCUGCUUCUUCAAUUUCUGCACAGCAAGAACGCUACGGAAAGCUGGUUGCUCGGCUGCUGGAUCCUAGAACAGACUGUCUUUUUAUUUUUGUUUUUCUUUUUCUUGUUUUCUUCGUUUUUUUUUUUAUUAGAAAAAAAACCCGGCAAUGGGAUGUUGAUUUAAAAUUAAAGGUGGAAGUAGGAAUUAAAAAAAAUGGGUUUAAGUGAAUAUAACUUAAAUAGAAGCUUGCUCUUCAGAGAUACUGGUUUUAGAAACAGCCACUACCUGGCCAAACAUGGAGGUUUGGAGCCAGCUUAUUUAAUUUAAUGGAACAAAAAAAGCAUUGCGUUAAGAGCAGAGGUUUUAGAGGAAGAGGGUAUAUGUAUGGGAUUUUCUAUUUUUUUUUUUUUUCCUUUUUAAUAGCAUAGUUGGGAUCCACAGUGCUGCAGAACACGUGUUCCUUAGGAAGCAGACAAAAACCUUAGUGUUAUGUUCUUCAUGAAAACUUGCACAUACACUCCUAUAUGAGGCAUAAAUAGCGUGUGUUUUUUAUACUGAAAUAUAUGCACCCAUAGAAUUAAAGGGGUUACCUGGCCUCCUGUUUGAUUUGUUUGGUCUCCGAGUAAAAUAGCAGUUGGAGCCAGCAGCCCCAGCCAGGUGCUUCUCCCCACCACUAACCCAUCUGAUGUUUGUAAGUGUCAUGUUUCCUAGUGUUUAUUUGGGUAAUUUUUCUAUUUUUUACAGUGAUGUUGUAACACAGAAAACUAUCAGAUCAGAACCUCAAAAACCAUAGCGGAAGGACUCCAGGCCACCUCCCUGUGUUGCCUCUGGCUGUUAGAGGAUACCUCAUGAAGCAGAGGGGAAAGGGAAUUAGCACAUGAUCUGAUGUUUGUCCUUUGGGCCAAUUCAUCUUCCUUUCUUUUCUUUGCUGCAAAAGGAGUCCAGUUCCUUUAUUCAUUGGGUGGGAAAUGUGGAAGUGUUUUGUUGACCUUAUCAAGGAGGGAGCCUAGCCCCAAGAAGAAAAUGGCCUUUCUGGUGGACCCUGGUAGGAAUUGUUUUGACCAAGGGAAGGCAUCACUUGCAGAAGUUGGCAUAGGCUUCUACCUGAAUUUCUGUCUACCCCUGUUCAUUUUUUGGAUCUUUCAAGGGAGUUAAAGUGAUUACACUGACAGCAUACUAAGUGUGAGGCAACCUUUUUACAGACUACAGAAGAGAAGAAAGCCAAUUUGGAAUUUUAAUCCUUAUUUAAUAGAAUGCAGAAAAUAAAAGCUGUUGCACAAAGUGGAGCUGUCGCUUUGCAACAGAUAGCUCUGCUCCUUUUGUUAGAGAGGUGCUAUCCCACACCAGGAUUAGAUCAGCUAACCCAUGAUGCAGGAAAAGACCAUCCACACUUCCCAGUUUUGUCUGAGCAGAUAUCCUUUUCUUCCUCCACCACCCCAGGGAGGAGUGUAGGGAUUGAACCCAUGAGGGCAAACACUAGAUUUUAUUAUUUCGAACCAUUUUUAGGACAGCACUAAGCCAGUGAGUGAAGUGGAAAAGUUAAAAGCCUUGGUAUUUUAUUCAGAUUUUUUUAUUUUAAGCCACAAAGAGAGAGCAAACAGGAGAUUACAAUUAAUGCCA